UGUAGUCAGUCGCUGUUGUGGCUGGGAGGCAGUACGGUCAGUCAGUCUCUGUGGUUGAACCGUGAUUCAGCCUGAGGUUAAACAGGAGUCUUUUAAACUACCCGACCAACCGAAAACAACUACUUCUGAUGUCCCCGGAACAAACUCCGGCUCUUUAGGACACCUUUAAUCCCGCAGGUGCUGAGGAAGCUGCAAGCAAAACAUACCAGACAAACGAGCUGUGGAAAGACUCGGCGGUGAAUGUCAACAGGAUGUCCAGCCAGUUGGCCGUUUCCUUGUGAAUGGAUUAGAGGCGAGUUGUGACCAUGCGCUGCCUGGCUGCUCGGGUGAACUACAAGACCCUCAUUGUUAUCUGCGCCCUCUUCACACUCAUCACUGUGUUGCUUUGGAACCGCUGCUCCAGUGACACCACCCUACGCUUCCUGCCCCGCGCUGCCCUGGUGGCUCCAAGUCCCAAGGUGGGAGAUGCUAGCAUCAGCAGCCAGCAACACCCUCCGCAACCUCCAGAGCCCCCGCCUGUCGUCGGGGUUGUCGCAGGGAUCAAGUAUGAAGAAAUCGACUGCCUGAUCAAUGAUGAAUCUACAAUCAAAGGCCGGCGAGAGGGCGGGGAGAUUUACCUGCCCUUCAGCUGGAUGGAGAAAUACUUUGAGGUGUACGGCAAAGUGGUGCAGUACGACGGCUACGAUCGGUUCGAGUUCCAGCACAGCUAUUCGAAGGUUUACACACAGCGUGAACCCUACCACCCCGACGGAGUCUUCAUGUCAUUUGAGGGAUACAACGUGGAGGUCCGUGACCGUGUCAAGUGUAUCAGUGGCGUGGAAGGUGUGCCUCUUUCCACUCAGUGGGGCCCUCAGGGCUACUUCUACGCCAUCCAGAUCGCUCAGUACGGCUUGAGCCAUUACAGCAAAAACCUGACAGAGCGCCCUCCCCACAUGGAGGUCUACGACACAGCUGAGGACAGAGACAGCCGAGCCAGCACGGCGCCCUGGAGUGUGCCGAAAGGUUGCGGUCUGAGCCGUGUCCACGACAAGACCCGAGCUACCUCCGUGCGUCAGUUCAGUGCUCCAGAGUCCUCCGAAGGCGUGUCCCUCCAGCUGGGUAACUCCAAAGACUUCAUCCUCAGCUUGGACAUCAAGUUUGUCUCCAACGGCAGCGUAUCUGUCGUCCUGGAAACCACAGAGAAGGGCCCGCCGUUCACUAUCCACUACGUGACCAGCACGCAGCUCAUUGCUUUCAAAGACCACGAAAUCACGUAUGGUGUCGGGCCACGGACCACCUGGAGCACUCUGACCCGAGACCUGCUCACCGACCUCAGGAAGGGCGUCGGGCUGUCCAACACCAAGGCUGUGAAGGCCACUAAGAUCAUGCCCAGACGGGUGGUGCGAUUAGUCCUACGUGGGCGUGGCUUUGUUGACAACGUCACCAUCUCCACCACCGCCCACAUGGCUGCCUUCUUUGCCGCCAGCGACUGGCUGAUACGCAACCAGGACGAGCGAGGUGGCUGGCCCAUCAUGGUCACCCGUAAACUAGGUGAAGGCUUCCGGCCUCUGGAGCCCGGCUGGUACUCGGCCAUGGCUCAGGGCCAGGCCAUGUCCACUCUGGUGAGAGCGUACCUCCUCACCAAGGACCAAGCGUACCUCAAUGCUGCCCUCAAGGCAGUGGGACCCUACAAGGUGCCUUCAGCGCAGCACGGGGUCAAAGCUGUGUUCAUGAACAAAUACGACUGGUAUGAAGAGUACCCCACCACGCCCAGUUCCUUUGUCCUCAACGGCUUCAUCUACUCCCUGCUGGGACUCUACGACUUGACUGAGACAGCUGGGGAGAAGCUCGGCAGGGAGGCGGGGCAGCUGUUCAGCCGUGGCAUGGAGUCGCUGAAGGCCAUGCUGCCGCUCUUUGACACAGGGUCUGGAAGCAUCUAUGACCUGCGUCACUUUAUGUUGGGAACAGCGCCCAACCUGGCACGCUGGGACUAUCACACCACACACAUUAACCAGCUGCAGCUGCUGGCAUCCAUAGACAACGCUCCCAUCUUCAAGGAUGUGGUGAAGCGCUGGAAGAACUACUUAAAAGGGAUUCGUGCUAAGCACAACUAGAUAAACUGCAACCCACAUUAGCAUACAGCUGAGAUGAUGACUGACAAGGUGAAUAUACGCUUAAUGAUGAUUGAAUGUGAGGCGGAUGCUCACAUUGUGUGUGUGUGCGUCCCAGUUUUGGUCGAGGUUCAUAAUCUAAAGGAUGAGUUUAUUCAGCUGCAGCUCUCAACACUAAAAGUUUCUCCUGUGCUCUGUUGCAGGUUUUAUAUUUUCUGCAACACUGACUGUAGCUCUCCUCUCCUGUUUCUUUCCUUGAGCUAGUGUUUGUAAUUAUGCACAGACCUAGUUUCAGUGUGUGAGUGUGUGUGUGUGUGUGUGUGUGUGUUCAGAGAGAACACGGCUGUGUGUGUCUGCGUGUGUGUGUGUGUGUGUGUGUGUGGUUUAAAGUAACAAUAUAUGACGUUAGAGAAAGAUGAAACCGCUUGAAUCAUAUUUCCGACAUUUAAUGCAUCCACCACACGUCUCUUCUCUAAUUGUAUUUUUUUACCAUCUCACCCUAGAUUUGCAAAGCUUUUUAAAACAAUAAAACACAGAAUAUAUUAUAGAUAAUUUGGAGAAUGUUGCCAAAAUAAUAUUCUUAUUAAUAUAAAAUCAAACAUAUUGGAUUUUAUUUCUCCGCUGCAACCAUUUUUUUUAUCCUACAACCCUUAAAAGUUUUAAAUCAAGAAGUAUUUUUUUAAGUACACCGUGUUUAAGCUGUUAGGUGAGAUAAAUUGAUUCGGCUGUCAUCCCUUCUCAGAGAAGCAUUAAAUACUUUAUGCCUCCAAACUGGCAGCUUCCACUUCUUCUCUGAAGCCCCCAAAACACAGAUAGAUAGUAACUAAUUUUAGGGGGUUAUGUUGUUACGUCUUCACUGAGUUCAACCUCUUUAAAAAUGUUUUUCCCUUUCUAAUAUAAAUAUCAAGUCGUGGAUUAGGUGCCUGUCGAGCUGCUCUGAGGAGUAAACACCUCAAUCCACCAUAUUUGAUUUCAAAUGGUUAAAUCGUCUCCGUUACCAGCAGGUCUCCUCGGUCCCCACCCACAAUCCCACUGUGUUUAGCUGAGCUGUUGUGUACGCACAUCAGCUCAGAGUUGUUAAAGUUAUGUGACUGUUGUGUUUCAGUUGAGACUGCUCACUGUUCCUGAUACGUUCUCUGAGAUAAACCCGUCAGGCCGACAACAAACUUCAACAGAAUCCUAUUGAAUCAUUUAUCCGAAUUAGCCACUGAAAUGCUUUUACCUUUAUGGAAGAUGACAAACUGUGUGCUGCCAGUCAUAGUAGUAACCAAACCCCACUAACAUCCCUCACAAAAAAAAAGUAAUAAGCUAUGUGCCACUGCAGAAGAAUAGUUGUGCAUCACUUGGAGUUUAAGGGUGAAUUCAGACCUAGAGUUGUCUUGCUUUGAUCCAAAUCAUGGACUAACUUUGUUUGCUGAAGCGUCAUGCAGACGGGUCUAAAUAAAUGCCCUGCAGUGCCCAUAAAUGCACACAGGACAUACUUUAAAUCAACACUUGUAUUUCCAUUAAACCGUCUUUAACUUUAGCGUCAGAUGAAUCUCUUGACCCGUCAUUGUGAAACAUUAAAAUCUUUAUAUCCCCUUAUUUCCCCCGGUUUGAUCAUCAGCACCAUUAGCUGCAUUGUCAUUCAUUUUCCUGCCCCGCUUCUGACCUUUUUUGGAAACUCAUCUGUAAAGCUUCUCUCUAUAGCUCGUGCUUCCAGAUGAUAAUUGCAGGAAACAAGUGUAGGUGGAGGUGGAUGUAUGUGUUGUGUAUUCGGGUAGAAAGACACGUGGGCAGCAGAGGCACAGCUGCGUCUCGCUAACACGUCAGUUUAUAACAUUUAAAUAGACAAUGCCGGGAGUACUGAAGGUCGAGGUCAAUUCUUGACAAGCAUUAAGAGGCUGUCGGUCCCAGCAGGCUCUCAUUGCUCCUCUCAGCUGCUGUGGGUGCGUGAACUCAGCGUUUUUAAUCUGAGAGCCGACCUGUUGACCGCUGUACGAGGAGAAAGAAAGCUCGCCGAGACACUAACAAUUCACCCGGCUAAUAGGCUGGAGAGCCUGCACACACAGUACAGUCGCUAGUCGGGGAUGAGUCAGCACUCACAAACAAAACAGAGUGGAGCCUUCAGCAUCAAUGAGGCUUUCAUCGAUCUACCUUAAAGAUUAUUAAUGGAGGAGAAUCAGGCCAGUUUGUUCUUCUGAAGGUGUCGAUGGUGAAUUUUCUUUGGUCAUUUUCAUCAAAACUUUGAGAUGAAAACAUUCUCCCUGCUUUCAGGUUGUCAUAGUGUGAGCUAAUUUUUGACUAAAUCAAAAAAGCAUGUGAUUCAUUUUGAUGUAAUGGAUAAAAAAGUCUCGUUUUCGUUCAAAGUGAUUACUAAUUUCUUCAGGUAGUUCUUCCUCACCUCAUCAGCUUGUUGCAUUGAGAGCUAAGUGAGUGUUUGUGACAGUAGUGUGUAUUAGGGCCACAAAAAUAAUAUCAGGACAAAAAUAAUAUCAGAUUUCAAGAAAUAAGUGGUAAUAUUUAAAGAAUAAAGUGAAAAGACAUUUUUUUGCAUGGAAAAAUAGUAAUUGUUUAACACAGCUUAUACAGUGCAUAUAUACUGUGAUGUUCAGAUACUACCAGAGGUGUGGGCCUGAGCGACAUGACUUGGAGUCAGACUCGAGUCACAAAUUUAAUGACAUUAGACUCAACUUGACAAAAUCAAAAAAAGAUUUGCAACUCGACUUGGACUUUAACACCAAUGACUUGUGACUUCAAUUGGAUUCUAACCUGACCUUUUGAAUACUUGAUAUCUUCCCCCAAACCCAGAGAUGUGAUUUAAAAAGUGUUCAAUAAAUCAAUUCAUUCCCAGCAAGUCGACGCUUAAUUCUCCAGAUUCACUGUUUGAACUAAUCAGGCAGCAAGUUUCAAACGAGAGUCAUGAACAAAAAUUGAUACCAAAGAUUAUUUCAUUGGCAUACAGCCUGGUACAAAAACUGUUUUGGUCUCUAUAGCUAACUUUAAUUGUCAUGAAAACUGUACAGAGAUGAAUUUUAAUGACUCAUUCGUUUACAUUUUAUUAUGGCUUCAAUUACGCAUGAUUAAAGGUGGGCCGCUUUUAGUGUCAGGCUGUCUGCUGAUAGUGUCCUCGGCUCCUCAGUCAGAUCCACCCCUCGAUCCUCCAUGGCUUCAACCUCUGGUCCAAAUAUGGUCACUUUUAGCUCCAGUAAUCCAAGAUGGCGGCAGCAAUAAUGCGGAACUUGAUGCUCCCAAACGGGAGUCCACAAACCAAUAGGUGACGUCACAGUGGCUAUGUCAAUUAUUUUUACAGUCUAUGACUUGACUUGGGGCUUGACUUGAGUGCAAAGACUUGAUACCUGCAAAACAAUGACUUGAUCCCACCUCUGGAUGCUACUAGUUCACAUGCACAUCUAACAUCUGCCCUGUUUAGCGAUGAUAAAUUACCAUGACGCAAUUCUAAUAUCGAAUUUUGUCUAGAAACAUAUUAUCAAAAUAUAAUUAUUUUAUUCUUGAAAUAUUUUCUUGAAAACCUCCACGUAAAAUGAUGCCUCUCUCCUUGAAAUAACAACUUGACUUUUUCCUCUAAAAUAUUUUGACUUUAUUCACAAAAACUGAAUUAAAAAAAUAAUAAUCUCAAACCUCUAACCCUCUCUGUGUCAGUGAAAGGAGUUACAUUUCUGUUCUCUUUUUAAAGUUAAAAGGUUAGAAUAUUUCCCAAGAGAAGAGCCACGAGUGCACGCUUUGAUAAUCCCAUUUCUUUGUACGCUUGCCGAUCCUUGUUUUGUUCAUUUCCUGGUGAUUUUUUCUUCCCAUGAACACGUGCAUAAUUCACGCUCUGCCAUUUUGACAGGACGGGUAGAAAAAUAUAGUUUAAAUGGAACAUUCAGGAAUGGAAGUUUUGUGUGUGAAUCUUUAUUUUGUUUAUACCAAAGUCAUUGAUUCAAGUAUAUUUGAAUUUGUCUAUUUUUGUGCAAACCGAUUUCCAUUCAGCAUUUAACGAUGUUAAGUCUCCUCGGAGAUGUCACAGAGAGACACUGCCUUUUGACAAGUGCUAGUUUUUCAAGCGUAGGUCGAGUAGAUUAUAGCGAAAAUAAGACGUGUAAAACUUGCUUAUUGUAAAGGGGAUGUGUGCAACUAGAGAUUAGCAUUUAGUCAGCUACGGUUUAAAGGGAAACGAGCCAGUAGCUGCAAAUUGUCCUUGAAAGUUUUUUGCUGGAGUGUGUGUUUGCAUCAUUCAUCAUUUGUUGGAAUCAUUUGCAGAGAUGUUUUGCUAGAUAGACAAAAGCACAACCGCUGUUAAUUGUCACAUGAUUUCUUUUGGAUUGCUUUGUAUUUUCUUUUCAGGACAAUGUGCAACGCCUUCAUUAAGAAAGCUGCUAUUAUUGUUCACUGUGUAACAGGUAUGAGAGCUUCUUUCCCUCAUUUUACUGGUUAUUUUUUUCUGUUUUUCCACAACACGUUAAAGACUUCAACAAAUGGCCGCCGAGGUCAGAUGUGAUUUAUGCAAUAAAAUGUUUACUGGGGUCUUAAACACCACAGGAGACCCAGAGCGGAUGUACAGACUUUGCAAUUCAAGCACAAUGUGCAAAUGCUACCAUUUUUUAGUCCAAGGAAGAGAGGUGUUUAUAUACAGAGUAAAUCUUUGUGCUUUAAAAUGUGCUUUUUAAAGGUGUACAAAAUAAAAGCAUUUUUCUUAAA